AUUUUUAUUUCUAAAAAGAGGGAUGGAAGUGCGUGAAUGAGGGAUAAAAUUCCCCCAAACCUCACCAAAAUGGGUUAUUAGUCUCUCUGUCAAACUUACAUGGUCCAAAGGAAAAAAAACAAUGCAAUUGAGAAGAAAUACAAAGCGAUGCAUUAUAAUGACUUCUAAUGCCCCGUACUUCACACAAGAAGAGACUGCUGAACCCACUCAAAUCUCAGUUGUUGUUCAAAGAGGCUCCCAUCAAUGGACCAAAGCAUGAAUAUGGAGCACAACUACGGAGUGCCAUCCGUCCCAGGUCAUUAUCAGAGAAACAACAGCGAGGUGGUGCACCAUGGGUUUCUCCGCAGUUUAAUUCACAUGCAACCACAGCAGUUAGUCGGGGUGGUCGAGGAAAGAGGAAUCACCAGGUGGCUACAAGAAUCACCAACCAGGCAUCGGCUUUGUGUUUACCACAGACUAGGAAAGCAAGUGUUUGCAGAUUUACUCCCUUGUCAUUUGAGGCAACCACAGUACAAGGGCGUGAAAACCUUCGUCGUCCACAAACAAAGAAUGAUACUGUUGUUUCUUCGGACAAACAUCGAAAGGAGCUUCAAGAAACUCCAAGAAGAUCAAAAUUUGCUCGUAAACGCACUGAAAAGAGGAUGCUCAGGUGUGUUAAAUCUACUACCUCCAAGUGCACAGAAGUUUCAAAGAGCCUAACAUUUUGCAAUAAUGGAAAGGGCUUGACCAAUGCUUUAAUUCAAACACCAAACACAAGCUCAGUUCCUGAUCCCCCACACGUGGAGACUCCAGAAAUGCCACAUUGUUCCAGCACAUCGCCAUCCAAUGUCCAACAACUUCUUUUCCCCCCAAGCCAGGCAAAAACUCCUCCACGAGCUGAAAACACAAGCAUCCUGGCGGAGGACACACCUGAGAAGGACUAUGGGCUGAGGGUAACGUGGAGACGGAGGAAAGGACUGAUGAAACUACUGGUUGAUAAAGGACAGCUUCUUUUUAAAGAUACAGAAGUGGCCAAUGAGUGGAUUUGAAUCAAGAAACUUUAUACAAAACUUUAAUUUGUCUUGAUUAGUCUUUUCUGUUCAACACUGAUGUGGUGAUAUUUGAUGAAAUUGGCUAAUAUAUAAAUAUAAAUCACUUUAGAAGUGAAGAUUAAAGGGAUAGUUUACCCAGAAUUAAAAUGUACACACCCUAAAGGGGUUUUAAUCCUUUAUUAAUUUAUCUUUCUGUUGAACAAAAGAUGUUUUGAAUAAUGUUGGAAACCGGUGGCCAUUAACACAUAGCGAGAAAAGCCAGUGGCUACCAGUUUCCAAUCUUUAGUUUGUGUGUUUAACAGAGGAAAUAUAUUUGGAACAAGUGAAAUAUGAGUAAAUGAUGACAGAAAUUUCUUUUUUAUGUGUGAAUUAUCCCUUUAAUGAUGCCAUUUUGACUUCACCAGCCUUUAUGAAAUCGAAGCACCUUUGUAUUAUUUUGGACAUCAGUGAAUUAUGUACUUAAAUAUAAAAUAUACUUAAA